UGGACACUUCCCAUCAGUACCUGGGCUGUAUAAAUGGGUAACUCAAGCAUGGGGAAGGAGUGGGGAUUACUUGGUUUCCUUGUUCUGUCAUUAUGUUUUCUUGUCAGCAAUGGCCAAAACAUUGUGUGUACACAGGAGACCAUGGCUGACAUUGUAUUCCUGGUGGAUGGCUCUGCCAGUAUCGGGCUGGAAAACUUCCAACAAAUCCGUGAAUUUGUUUCCUUGCUUAUAGAGAACUUAGAAGUUGCCGCUGACAGGAUCAGGAUCGGUCUGGUCCAGUUCAGUGACACACCGCAUACUGAAUUUUCGCUCAACACUUACCAGAACAAAGAGGACAUUCUCAGGUACAUCCAAAAUCUACGUUAUAAAACCGGUGGGACAUUUACCGGCCAGGGUUUGGAGUUCAUGCUGAAACAACACUUUGUUGAAAAAGCCGGAAGUCGAGCGCAGCAGAGUGUUCCUCAGAUUGCCAUUAUCAUCACAGAUGGUGAAUCUCAAGAUGAGGUUGGGUCACAGGCUCAGGAGCUGAGGCAAAGGGGAAUCAAAAUAUUCGCCAUAGGGAUCAAAGAUGCGAACGAGACUUUACUGAGACAGAUUGCGAGCGAUCCGUACGAUCAGCACGUCUACAGUGUGUCAGACUUUGCAGCUCUGCAGGGAAUCUCUCAGAGUGUAAUCCGGGAGGUGUGUACCGCUGUAGAGGAAACACACAAAGAGAUCAUCCAGAUGUCAAGAGGCUGCAACGAAACUGCUCAGGCAGACAUUGUGCUCCUUGUGGACUCGUCUGGUAGCAUUGGAGCGAGUGAUUUUGAAGAAGUGAGGAAGUUCCUCCAUGCUUUUGUGGACAGUUUUAAUCUUAGACCCGAUAAGGUGAGAGUGGGACUUGCCCAGUUCAGUGAUAGACCGUACCAAGAGUUCCUGCUUGGUGACUAUUUACAUAAGACAGACUUGCACCAAAAGUUGAAUGGUCUCAUCUACCAUAGCGGAGGCACCAACACUGGUCGGGCCCUGACUUUUAUCCGUGAGAAUUACUUUAGCCUGGCCAGAAAGAGUGUUCCUGGCAUUGUCAUAGUCAUCACAGAUGGAGAAUCAAAUGAUGAUAUGGAGGAACCUUCCCAGAGACUACGAAAUCUGGGAGUUUUCAUCUUUGUCAUCCGGGUGGGAAUGGGCAACAUGGAAAAACUGCGUGCCAUUGCUAAUAUCCCACAUGAAGAGUUCUUAUUCAGUAUCGACAAUUAUCAAGAACUGCAAGGUCUAAAAGCGGGUCUAUGCAACAAAGUGUGCUUUACUGUGUUGCUUCAGUCAGAAGCUUUUGUACCAAAAUUUGCUGAUCUCUUCAUAUUGGUUGAUAGUUCAGCAUCUAGACAAGAGCAGCAAACAAUAAAGAGUUUUCUCUCAAAACUGGUCACGCAGCUCAAUGUGGGAAAGGAUUUUAAUCGUGUCGGCCUGGCUCAGUUCAGUAAAAAUGUCAAAGAGGAGUUCCUGCUAAAUACUGAUAAGACCAAGAAUGAGAUAGUGUCAUCUAUCCGUAGCCUGGCACUGAGGUCUACAGGGGAUCGUAGAAUUGGCAAUGCAAUUGAAUAUGCUCAUAAAAAUUUCUUCACUAGUGCCACCGGAAGCCGUGUCUCUGAAGGAUUUAAGCAAUUUCUGUUAGUCAUUGCAGCUGGAGAAUCCGCUGAUGGUGUCGUCAAAGCAUCCCGCGCAAUCAAAAAAGAUGCAGUGACAGUUUUUGCUGUUGGCUUGAACAGAGCUGAUGCAGAUGAGAUGAAGUACAUCUCUAGUCAACCACACAGCUACAAGUUAGGUAACAUCCCACAAGUGCAACAGAAAAUUAAGUCUUUCAUUGACACAUGGGAAGAUGCUGCAGUUGCAAGGGAGUGCAUAUUUGACGUGGUGGCAGAUAUCGCUUUUAUUGUUGAUCAGUCCAGCAAUAUCAGAUCCAAAAACUUCCAACUUUUAAGCUACUUUCUCAAGAACACCAUCAGAGGUCUCGAUGUAGGUGAGGGAAAAAUUAAAAUAGCUGUGGUCCUCUAUAGUGACUUCCCUCGAGCAGAUGUUUUCUUUAACACCUUCAAUGAUAAGACUGACAUCCUACGCUACAUCAGCAGCAUACCACAUGGUCGUGGUAAAACAUACACUGGAGCUGCUCUCAAGUUUGCCAAAGAGCAUGUGUUCACCAAAGCAAGAGGCAGUAGAAGAGAUCAGCAUGUUCAGCAGGUUGCUGUUGUUAUCACUGAUGGAAAGUCAACAGAUAAUGUGGUCAGUGCUGCAGCAGCAUUGCGACGAUCUGGCGUCACUGUAUUUGCGCUUGGUAUCAAAGACACCGACGAGGAUGACUUGAGAGAGAUUGCAUCCUAUCCACAUAAGAAGUUUGUAUUCAGUGUUGAAGGCUUUGAUAAACUGCAUUCACUUUCAAAUAUUUUAACCAAAACACUUUGCAAUGAAAUCACAGAUUCCAUCAUACCUGCAGCCUUACAGAGCUUUGUGUUACAAGAUUGCAAGAAAACAAUAAAAGCUGACAUAUAUUUUAUUCUGGAUGAAUCAGAAAGCAUAUCCUAUAAAGAAUUUGAUGAUAUGAAGAACUUCAUUAAGAAAUUGCUUGAAGCAUUCGAGGUUGGAAAUAACCAUGUGCGCUUUGGGUUGGUGAAGUUUGCAAGUCGUGCAACCACAGUUUUCCGAUUACAUGACUAUAACACAAAAGCUGAUAUCAGAAAGGCAGUGAAUGCCCUCAAAAUUGAGGGAGGGGGCACUGAUCUGGGAUUGAGAGAAAUGAUCCCACUAUUUGAAGAAGCAGUACGAACACGUGGGGAAAAGGUUCAUAAGCUCCUGAUUGUCAUCACAGAUGGCGAGUCAAGAGGGACAGAAGAAUCGGUAGAAGUCCCUGCUAAACUUCUGAGAACAGAACAGAAUGUCAGUAUUUAUGCUAUUGGUGUGAAAGAUGCAUCUGUACCAGAGCUGGAAUUAAUAUCUGGCAGCCCACAAAGAAUAUUUUAUGUGAAAAACUAUGAUUUCCUUGAUGAAAUCAAGAAAGACAUUAUUACAGAAAUAUGUACCUUUGAAGGUGAGAUAUUCAGCUAA